AAUUUCAUUUCAUUUAAAGACAAAGCAUCUGUGUUUGUUACCUAAACAUCAGUGCUGCUAUAGUAAUUAGAGGCUGUUGAUUGUUUUCAUUUUUGCAUAGGCUUUUGCGAAAAAAAGAGUUAAAAUGGAUUCUUUCGAUGAUUUGGAAGAUGCCGUGGUCGAAUACAUGGACCGUGGUAUAGUGUUGAUAAUAGCCGAUAUUUUAAGUUUGAUCACAGUCUCCUCAUGUUUAUUUAUAAAAAUUCCCCAAAUUAAUACGAUAAGACAGAAUAAAUCAUCACAAGGCAUUAGUGUUUUUGGCUUGUGUCUGGAAUUGUUCAGUUACACUGUCAUGAUGUCCUAUAACUAUACAAAUGGCUAUGAUUUUCUGUCAUACAUGGAAUAUCCCAUCUUACUCAUGCAGGAGUAUGUUCUAAUUUAUUUUGUCUUUAAAUAUCAAAAUCUAUUGGGUGUUAAGACCCAAAUUGUGUCUGUCUUCUAUGUCAUCAUUGCAACACUGAUCUAUAUGAAAUUAUUCCCUGUCAUCAUAUUACAAUUUUUAGUGCCCUUUUGUACACCUAUUGGUGCCACAAGUAAGGUCUUACAAUUAGUAGCUAUUUUAAGAAGCAAAGAUGCCAGUUCUGUCAGUCGCACCACUUGGGCUUUAUCCGCAUUUACCAAUUUUACUCGCAUCUAUACUGUUUAUGUACAAUCCCACGAUUUAAUGUUGCUAUCCAAUUUCAUGAUUUCGACUUUCUUAAGUUCUUCUGUGUUUGUGGCAGCUUGUGUUUAUAAGACAAAGAAGACAAAGAAUGAAUAGAAUUAAGUUAUUUUAAAUUAUAUAUUCUGACUCAAAGUUUUUUUUUUUUAGUUUUGCUUUUAUUUUUUAACUUAUAUUAAAUUUAUUAAUAUUUUUAAUUUCUUUAUUUUAAUAACAAAGACUAAAUAAAUCACAAUCAUGACACGUUUUAACAAUUAA